GUCAUCAUCUUCAUCUCUCUCUCUCUCUCUCUUACUCUGUUCAUCAAGUUCAUCAAACAGAUAAUUAGAAGCCAUGGUCACACGCGUAAUGCUUCAGAAACUCACCUUCUUGGGUCUGUUAUAUGCAGCUCUACUUAUUUCUUCUUCUUCUUCACUGAAUGAUAAACUGUUAGAUUCAUCAAAGUUGGAGAUGUUUGUGGACGAGGUUCCUGAUAUGCCCAGAAUCCAUGGCUACAAGCUCGAUCAUGGAGUCCCCAAACCCAAAUCUCUUCAUAUCGGCAUGUUCAAGAAGAACUGGAAAUUUCACAGGCAUUUGCCUCCGACGCCUGUUUUCGCUUUCGGUGUGAAUGAGCGUACAGCAUCGGUCCCUGGUCCAACGAUCGAGGCCAUGCAUGGUGUUGAUACCUUUGUGACGUGGCAAAAUCAUCUCCCUUCAAAACACAUACUCCCAUGGGACCCAACAAUUCCUACUGCCAUUCCCCACUCAAAGAGGGGCAUUCCUACAGUGGUUCACCUCCACGGUGGGAUCCAUGCGCCCCACAGUGACGGCAAUGCGAAUGCAUGGUUCACUAAUGGAUUCAAUGAAACGGGACCCACUUGGACUCGUAAGAGCUAUCACUAUCCUAACUACCAGCAUCCGGGAAAUUUGUGGUAUCAUGACCAUGCCAUGGGGUUGACCCGAGUCAACCUCCUUGCUGGCUUGAUUGGAGCUUACAUUAUUCGUCACCCUUUGAUCGAGGGCCCACUUGGUUUGCCCCAUGGCGAUGCCUUCGAUCGACCGUUGGUGAUUUUUGAUCGUAGCUUUCGCACUGAUGGUUCCAUAUACAUGAAUUCGACCGGAAACAAUCCCACCAUUCACCCCCAAUGGCAGCCUGAGUACUUUGGUGAUGCUAUUAUCGUGAAUGGCAGGCCUCGAAUGACAGUACGUCGUCGUAAAUAUCGAUUCCGGAUAAUCAACGCAAGCAACGCUAGAUUCUUUAAAUUCUUUUUCACCAACGGCUUGGAAUUCACCCACGUGGCAUCAGAUUCAUCAUACAUCGAAGAGCCAGUGACAACUAAGGAAUUUCUAUUGGGGCCAUCUGAGAUCACAGAUAUGAUUGUUGACUUUUCUCAAUCAAAGAAUGAUACGGUUAUCCUAGGCAACAAUGCACCUUAUCCCUACCCUUCUGGUGAUCCAGUGGAUGAAUCUAACAGCAAGGUGAUCAAAUUCUUCAUACAACCCAAUCAAGAAGUUGACACGUCAAGGGUUCCCAGAAAGUUGAUAAAAUAUCCCCACGUGGAAUUAUCCUGUGUGUCGCACACAAGGUACAUUGCAAUGUAUGAGUACACAAGCGACAUCGACGAGCCCACGCACUUGUACUUAAACGCAAAACCAUAUGAGGCCCCAGCAACAGAAACUCCGAAGGUGGGGUCCACAGAGGUGUGGUAUGUGAUCAAUUUGACGGAGGAUAAUCAUCCGCUUCACAUUCAUUUGGGAUUGUUCAAAGUGUUGGAACAGACAAAGCUUGUGAAAUCAGAAGAUUUUAAGGAUUGCAUGAGAAAAAAAAACGAUGCUAAGAAGUGCCACGUGGACCAACAUGCACGUGGCAAGAAACUAGAGGUUGCUGCUCACGAAAGUGGGUGGAAGAAUGUGUACAAGAUGGCACCUGGGUUUGUGACCAAGAUUGUGGUGAGAUUUGGGUACAUCCACGCGAAUGAAUCAUAUGUCUUUGAUGCAACUGAUGAACCUGGCUACGUUUAUCAUUGUCACAUAUUGGACCACGAAGACAAUGUGAUGAUGAGGCCUUUGAAAAUGAUAAAGUGAGAUUUAUUAUCGUGAUCAACAAUGCAGGUGAUUAAAUAAAUGAAUGUAUUCUCUACGAAGGUUGAAUAAUUUAACAAAGGUAUAGAUAGUUGGUUAUUAUUAGAAGCUAAAAAUUUGAUGCUAAUUAAGGAAUAUUAGGGGAGGCAGACUUACUCAUUCGAAGUUAUUUCGUCUCUACUCGU